AUGGCCCUGCUGGGGCCUUCGGCUGACGCGGUACGACAGCUCAUCAAUAUAUGCGAGGAAUAUGCCGAGCAGCAUGGUCUAAAAUACAACACGGCCAAAAGUGAGCUUCUUAUUUUCAGAGCUCGUAAGUAUAACCCGUCUACGGAGCCGAAGAUCAUGUUGUGCGGCGCACCCCUAAAAGUUGUAGAUCGCUUCAAGUAUCUGGGGCAUAUGCUCACAAACGAGUUGAAUGAUGAUCAGGAUCUGGAAAGGGAGAGAAGAGCGACGGCAGUGAGAGGCAACAUGCUCGCCCGCAGGUUCGCACGGUGUAAUAAAUCAGUUAAAUUGACGCUCUUUAGAGCUUACUGUCAGACAUUCUACACGUGCAGCCUGUGGGUGAAGUUUACACAACGAGCCUAUAACGCAUUGCGCGUUCAAUAUAAUAACAUCUUGAGGAUGCUGUUGCGGCUGCCGAAGCACUGCAGUGCGUCCGGCAUGUUCGCUGAGGCGCGAGUAGAUGACUUUUUCGCCAUUAGGCGGAAAAGAAUCGCCUCCAUGCUGAGACGGGUGCGCGGCAGCAGCAACAGUCUUCUCAGGGUGUUGGCCGAGCGCCUCGACUGCCCGGUUACAAAGUUUUGGGUGGAGGUGGCAAUUGGGAGAGCUAAAUAG